AUGGCGGCUGUGGAGGAGACCGUUCAAACCAAUAGCGCCGCUGCGCCGGAGGACGCGGCUGCUAACGGGGAGGUUCAGGCGCGCGACUGGGGGACGGCGGAGGAGCAAGCUGCGCGCGGACGGGCGCCCGUGAAGAAGGAGUUCCUGAUGCCGCCAGGUGGCAGAAAAUCAUUGGCCGCCGCGGGCGGGAAUGGGGAGGCGGGGGGGAAGGAAGAGGGCGGGGGAGACGAGGGCGGGCAGGGGAAGGCGGGGGAGAAGGGAGGGGGUGGUUGGGGGAAGGACGGGAAGGGGAAGGGUGGUGGGGGGAAGGAGCAGAGGCUGAGCCAUCGAGCGAUGAAGAAGCAGCGGAAGCAGGCCAUGGCGUCUCAGCCGUGCAACACUGUAGCGCGUACAGGCGACCCGGCCUCGUGUCCGUUUGGUGCCACGUGUCGCUUCAGCCACGACCUCGAUAUUAUCCGCGCGCAGCUGCCGCCCACCCUGGACGGCACCUGCCCCUUUGCCGCCCUCCGACGCCCCUGCCCGUUCGGCCUGGCUUGUCGUUUCCGGGACGAGAAGCACGGGAAGCUUCCAGGAAGCGGCGACGGGGGAGGAGAGGGCGGGGAAGGGGGUGGAGGGAAGGAGGAGGGGAAGGGCGGCGGGAAGGGGAAGAGUAAAGGGGAGGAAGAGGGGGAGGCAGAGAGUGAGAAUAAGGGAAAGGAGGCGGGGGAAAAGGAGAGUGAGAAGGGAAGUGAGAAGGGGAGUGAGGAGGGGAGUGAGGUGAGGUACCCUGGGGAAGUGAACAUGCUGGAGAAGGGGCUUCAAUCAAAGCUGUGGAAGCGACAGCUGGACUUCCCCAGAGCCGUUGAUUCGCUGCAGCGGAUUGGAUGGACGCGCAAGGUGAAGCCAAAGGGGGAGGCCAGCCUCAUGCCUGACCUGGACGAGAACGAGCAGGAGGGGGACCAGGGGGUCGCGGGGAACCGUCCAUCUCCCACCCAUUUCCUUCACUUCCCUUCUUUGUCUCCCAUUCUCUUCCCUUCUCACCUCGCCUUUCCCGUAUGGCAGCGCAAGGUGAAGCCAAAGGGGGAGGCCAGCCUCAUGCCUGACCUGGACGAGAACGAGGAGGAGGGGGACCAGGGGGACGACGGGGAUGAGGGGGACGACGAUGGGGAAAACGAAGGGGGGAUGGCGGAGAUUGAGAGGGAGGGGCGGCGGAAGGGCGUGCUAGCAGCAGCAGCUACAGCCGCCAAGGAGACUGCACCGGCAGCUGCUACAGCUGUGAAGGACACGGCUGUAGCGGCGGCUGAGACUGUUGGGAAAGCAGCUGUAGCAGCAGCAGAGGCAAUUGGGAAAGACACAGGGGCUAGUGUAAAAGAAGAGGGAAGGGUGGGGGAUGAUAAGGAGGUGAAGCUGCCCCACCGAGAGAAAAAACCCGUGGAUUUCAAGGGUAAACUCAUCGUCGCGCCUCUGACCACUGUGGGUAAUUUACCCUUCCGGCGCGUGUGCUGCUCGUUCGGCGCGGACGUUACAGUGGGCGAGAUGGCGAUGUGUGGUAACCUGCUGCAGGGGCAGGCGUCCGAAUGGGCGCUGCUGCGGCGGCACGAGAGUGAGAAGUGCUUUGGCGUGCAGCUGUGCGGGCCGCACCCGGAUAUGGUUGCCAAGGCCGCUGAACUCGUGGCUGAGCACUGCCAGGUUGAUUUCGUGGAUCUGAACAUUGGGUGCCCGAUCGACAUAGUCGUCAACAAGGGAUCGGGGUCGUCGCUGCUGCGCAAGCCGCAGCGGUUGGAGCAGGUGAUUAGAGCUACUGCGCUCGCGAUCGACGUGCCUCUCACUGUCAAGAUGCGCACAGGAUAUGCCGAGGGUCACAACGUGGCGCACCGCUACAUCCCGCACCUGUUGGACUGGGGCGCUACAGCCGUGACCCUGCACGGCCGCACGCGCCAGCAGCGCUACAGCCGGCUGGCGGACUGGGAGUACAUCGGGGAGUGUGCGUCAGUCAAGCCGGCAGGGCUACAGUUCAUAGGCAACGGAGAUGUGAUGGCGUACACCGACUGGAACGAGCACACGGCCAAUGGCAGCGCGACAUCUGUCGACUCGUGCAUGCUGGCACGCGGCGCGCUCAUCAAGCCCUGGCUGCUAACAGAGAUAACGGAGCAGCGCCAUUGGGACAUAUCAGCGGGGGAGCGGCUGGACAUGCUGCGCUCGUUCACGCGCUACGGGCUGCUGCACUGGGGCUCCGACACGCGCGGGGUCGAAACCACCCGCCGCUUCCUGCUGGAGUGGCUGAGCUAUCUGCACCGCUACGUGCCCGUGGGGCUGCUGGAGCUGCUGCCUCAGCGCAUCAACUGGCGCCCUCCUGGUUUCUACGGCAGGAAUGACCUCGAGACUCUGUUUGGGUCUGACCAGCCCCAGGAUUGGGUCAAGAUUUCUGAAAUGCUUUUGGGCCCUCCUCCGCCAAACUUCAACUUUACCCCAAAGCACAAGUCCAACUCGUAUGAUGCGGCUGAAAAUGGCUGA